AUGGCGCGGCGGCGCAACGACGACAACGCUGCUCCUGGCACUAGCCGCCGGCGGCCUCCUGCUACCGAUGACACUGGCACGAGGGGCAGCCGAACGACGUGGCGUUCGACAUGUACGGGGGCUACGUCACCGUCGACGAGCGAGCAAGCUGGCCGCGCGCUCUACUACUGGUUGCAAGAGGCCGACAAGACGGCGGUCGAGGACCCGGACACCGUGCCGCUCCUCCUCUGGCUCAACGGCGGGCCGGGCUGCUCCUCCAUCGGCUCCGGCGCGCUGGAGGAGCUCGGCGCGUUCCGCGUCCACGAAGACGGCGAGAGGUUGCUGCUGAACGAGUACGCGUGGAACAGAGCCCAUGAUGCGUACACUUUCCUGGUGAAAUGGUUCGAGAGGUUCCCCAAGUACAAGUACCGCGAUUUCUACAUUGCCGGCGAGAGCUAUGGAGGCUGUCUAGCUAGGUGUCUUUCUCACGUCUCACCAUGCAUGAUUUUGGAACACGUUCAGCCAUUGACCAAGCUGCCGUCAUACGAUCCGUGCACCGCCUUCUACUCGACCAGCUACUUGAACCUCCCCGACGUGCAGAAGGCCAUGCAUGCCAACACCAGCGGCUUCAUAGACUACCCAUGGCAAUUAUGCAACAUGCACAUAUAUGAUAACUGGACGACAUACGAUCCCAUCGUUUCCAUGCUACCCAUCUACAAGGAGCUCAUUGGAGCUGGCCUCAAGGUGUGGGUCUUCAGUGGUGACACGGAUACUGCAGUGCCGCUGAGCGCGACCAGGCACUCUCUUGCUGCCCUGGGCCUUCCUGUAAAAAGUAGCUGGUACCCCUGGUACAUUGUCCCAACUGAGGUUGGCGGCUGGAGCAUGGAGUACGACGGGCUGACCUUCGUCACUGUCCGCGGCGCUGGGCACGAGGUUCCACUGCACCGCCCAGAGCAGGCGCUCUUCCUGUUCCAGCAAUUCCUGCAGGGCGAACCAAUGCCAGCCGAGGCAAAAAAUGCCAGCCUCAUCCUCCUUCCUAGUGAGAAGGCUCACUCCUACUGA